GGGCAGUGGAGUUGUAGGAGAAGGAUGGCCAGGUGUAGCGACAAGGAGAAGGAUGAGGAGGAGGAGAACUACGAUGGGCCAGAAACAAAGAGUAGCAAAGGGGAAAGGCACGUAUCUUUCCCGCCGGAUGAAAAGAUGGUGUCCGGCUUCGCGGAAUACACAGACAGACAUGUUGACAGCUGCCUCACCUUGACAGAGGUAAGCCUGGCCUACCGCAGGAGCUGUGACAGACACCAGGUGGAGCCCAGAGUGUGCAUUCUGGAGCAGCUCAAGAUGGGGACUUGUGUAAGGGGAAGGAUGAAACGUCUGGAUCUGGGAGGUGAGCGAUUAGACCUGGGUUCCUGCGAGGCACUGGAAGUCGUUCUUAAAUCGCUAUGCUUUGAUUUCAUCAAUCUCCGCGCGGCCCGACUAGAGGAAAAUGGAGCGUCAUCCUUGUUGGAUAUGAUUUCAUACUAUGAAUCCACGGCGUACCUUGACCUGUCUGACAACACCCAUGUGGGGACGUCCGCCUGGAGGGCCCUCGCUCAUUUGAUAAAGCAGAGUGUGUGUCUGUCCAGGCUGGACCUGUGCAGCGUGUCCAUGGUGGCCCACGGGGCCAGGACGCUGUCUAAAGCUCUGCAGACCAGCCACCUGGCCGUCCUGCACCUCGACAACUCCCAGCUCAGCGGCACUCCCCUCUUCUCCCUGGUGGGCGCGUUGAAGUCCAACCGAGCCCUGCUGGAGCUCCAUCUCUCCAACAACAUGCUCAACAGCUACCAGGACUCCAUGCAGCUGGGGGACCUUCUCAGAUACAACCAUACCCUGCAGACACUGGUGCUCAGCGACAACGCCAUAGCAGACGACGGUCUGGAGGAGGUGUGCGAGGGCCUGAGACUGCAGAUGGGCGGUCUGAAGGUGUUGCUGCUUAAAAACAACCAGAUCACCGCUGAUGGCAUGCUCCAUCUGGCCAAGGCCCUGCCUGUGCUUGAGACCUUGGAGGUGUUGGAUAUGGGAAACAACAGCCUGGGAAACAGAGGGCUACAAACACUGAAAGAGGCUCUGAUGGCCAACCACUCCCUGCUGCACCUUGGCGUGGCCUGCACCCAGAUCACCUGCGAGGGUGCUGUGGUCUUGGCUGAGUACCUGGCGGAGAGCCCCCAGAUCAAGCAACUGGAUCUACAGGGCAACGAGGUGAGGCUGGGGGGCCUCAUGGCCCUCUGUCUGGCCCUGAGGAUCAACCUCUCUCUGGCCACGCUGGAUCUGGACAGCACGCCCAACCAAGAGCAGGACGAGUUCCUGGUGCAGACUCAGAAACGGCUGCGCUCGGAGAUUGGUGAACUAUGCCUGGCCAAUGGCAGCCGAGCCGCAGUCGCCACGGAAACCGCAGAGUCACCACCGGGGGAGCCUCCCGAGGGGCCCGUUGAGGAUGUCGUAUCGUGACGGGGAUG